AUGUGGGGGAUAGAGACGAAAAGGAACUUCACCAGCCUUUCGGUUCAGGCACUUAGUUCUGGAGCCCGAUUCGAGUAUCGCGCUUCAGAAAAAGCCCUGGCCAACUUGUCCAUAUCCAUGUCGUCAUCAUCAUCACUGCGUCUGGAAUGUCUGGAAUGCAAGUAUACCGAUUCACAAUACAUAGUUUCUUCCCUUGCCUUUCAUAAGAGAGGGAAAAUUCUUGAAUUGCCUGGUGACGAAGGAUAUACUUCACUUUGGCCGUUAGAUCAUUUCCCCCCAAAGUUGAUGAGUGAAAUUUGUAUCGAUAAGAUCUCCAUUCAAAAAUUUUAUUUCAACGAGUCUGGAGAUCCUACAAUAAUAGACUUGAACUUGGGCUUCGACGACGAAGAUGAAGACCUCGAGAUGUUGAUACGAGGGACCCACAUGUGCAAAUUAUUAAGAAAUCUCAACAUUAUAUUACUGAACUUUGAACUUGCAGUACAUGACAACAUAGUUGUUGUUCCUACGAAAGACAGCUAUGCUCGUAUCAAUGAUACACGAAUGUCUAUAUCACCUUUCACAAAGUUGCGUCCCGAUGUCAGUCCCGAUGUCAUUGGCGAUAGUGAUACAGUUGAAACAUUGAGGUUUUCGGUCCAUGGGGAUAAAACGAAACCAAGAGCUCCCCAUGGACCAAAAACCUCAAUAUGCGGGUCCCUUGUAUCAACUUGA